CACCCCAAUCUCUCCUAUCUUCGUUUUCUUGAUACCAUCGUAUUACUAUCCAUCAAUUAUAUAUACUCACGUAUAUAUACACCCAACACCAACCACUCAAACCCAUUUCCUACCUCUCUCUCCCACUCUCUCUCUACUUUUCUUGAGAGAGAUUUCGCAACUUCAACAAUGGCAGCUUCUUCUUCACUCACUCUCUCCCAAGCCAUUCUCUCUCGCUCGAUUCCUCGUCACAACCCCACUUGCUCUUCACCUCAGCAGCAAAAUCCAUCUUCAUCUCUCUCGUCUCUCCCGAUUUUCUCGCUGAAGUCGGCGCCUCGCCGGAGGAAUUACCGUCCGGCGGUGGUAAGGGCGGCGGCGGUAGAGACGUUGGAGAAGACGGAGAUAGAGCUGGUGGAGAAGAGUGUGAAUACGAUUAGAUUCUUGGCUAUUGAUGCAGUUGAGAAGGCUAAUUCGGGUCAUCCGGGUUUGCCCAUGGGUUGUGCUCCAAUGGGGCAUAUUUUGUAUGAUGAAGUGAUGAGGUAUAACCCCAAGAAUCCUUAUUGGUUUAAUAGGGAUAGGUUUGUUUUGUCUGCUGGACAUGGGUGUAUGUUGCAGUAUGCUCUUCUUCACUUGGCUGGUUAUGACAGUGUUCUGGAAGAAGAUCUGAAGCAGUUCCGUCAGUGGGGAAGCAAAACUCCAGGACACCCCGAAAACUUUGAGACCCCUGGCGUUGAAGUCACAACUGGUCCUCUUGGGCAGGGUAUUGCCAAUGCUGUUGGUCUUGCCCUUGCAGAGAAGCACUUAGCUGCUCGUUUUAACAAGCCAGAUAGUGAGAUUGUUGAUCACUACACGUAUUGUAUAGUUGGGGAUGGAUGCCAAAUGGAGGGUAUUUCUAAUGAAGCAUGCUCCCUUGCUGGACAUUGGGGACUAGGAAAACUGAUUGCUUUCUAUGACGACAACCAUAUCUCAAUUGAUGGGGACACAGAGAUUGCCUUCACCGAGAGUGUAGAUACCCGUUUUGAGGGUCUUGGGUGGCACAUUAUUUGGGUGAAAAAUGGAAAUACCGGUUAUGAUGAAAUUCGUGCUGCCAUAAAGGAAGCAAAGGCUGUUACUGACAAGCCUACUUUGAUCAAGGUGACCACAACAAUUGGUUUUGGCUCACCUAACAAAGCAAACUCAUACAGUGUACAUGGAGCUGCCCUGGGAGCCUCAGAAGUUGAUGCCACAAGGAAGAACCUUGGAUGGCCAUACGAGCCAUUCCAUGUACCAGAGGAUGUCAAAAAACAUUGGAGCCGCCAUACCCCUGAUGGUGCUGCAUUGGAAGCUGAGUGGAAUACAAAGUUUGCCGAGUAUGAAAAGAAGUAUGCAGAGGACGCUGCUGAAUUGAAGUCCAUCAUCACCGGUGUACAACCUGCUGGUUGGGAAAAAUCUCUGCCAACAUACACUCCUGAGGUCCCUGCCGAUGCCACCAGAAAUCUCUCUCAGGCAUGUCUAAAUGCCCUUGCACCAGCAGUUCCUGGCCUAAUCGGUGGUAGUGCUGAUCUUGCUUCCUCCAACAUGACACUACUGAAAAUGUUUGGGGACUUCCAAAAGGGUACUCCAGAAGAACGUAACGUCAGAUUUGGUGUUCGUGAGCAUGGUAUGGGAGCUAUCUGCAAUGGAAUUGCUCUUCACAGUCCUGGUUUUGUUCCAUACUGUGCAACUUUCUUUGUGUUCACGGAUUACAUGAGAGGGGCCAUGAGGAUUUCUGCCUUGAGUGAAGCUGGAGUUAUAUAUGUCAUGACCCACGACUCAAUUGGACUGGGAGAAGAUGGACCAACUCAUCAGCCUAUUGAGCACUUGGCUAGUUUCAGGGCAAUGCCCAACAUGUUGAUGUUUCGACCAGCUGACGGCAACGAAACUGCUGGAGCAUACAAGGUUGCUGUCAUCAACAGGAAAAGACCAUCAAUUCUUGCCCUCUCCAGGCAAAAGCUGCCAAACCUUCCUGGAACUUCUAUUGAAGGAGUAGAAAAAGGAGGAUAUACAAUAUCAGACAAUUCAACCGGCAACAAACCUGAUGUGAUCUUGAUUGGAACUGGUUCUGAAUUGGAGAUUGUGGCCAAAGCUGCUGAUGAACUCAGAAAGGAAGGGAAAGCAGUUAGAGCUGUCUCCUUUGUUUCUUGGGAGCUAUUCGAUGAACAGUCUGCUGAGUACAAGGAAAGCGUUCUACCAGCAGCUGUAACAGCAAGGGUUAGCAUUGAAGCUGCAUCAACAUUUGGGUGGGCAAAGAUAGUCGGAAGUGCAGGAAAGGCCAUCGGGAUUGACGGGUUUGGAGCCAGUGCUCCAGCUGGAAAAAUAUACAAGGAAUACGGCAUUACAGUCGAGGCAGUUGUUGCUGCAGCUAAGGAACUUUGCUAGGUAUUCAUCACUGAAUUCCAGUGGGCUUGUUAGUUUUCCAGAAACUAUUCCUGUUUGGAUUCUUGGUUGGAAAACUCAAACCAUAUGAUUGUUAAUAGACUAAACUCUAUUCAAGUACUCAUAAGAUUUCUCGCAAUAAUGAAGAUAAAAUUUUCUUUGCUGCUUUUAUCUUCAGUGCAGCAUCUGAGACUGCCAACUGAAUCAAAGAUGAACUGAGAUUAGAUUUCUUGAAUGUUCGUGGAUUUGUAUCAAUACUUAAACAGUUGUUGACUUCUGUAAUAUUACAUAUUGGAUUGUUACUGCA